AUGACUGCAUUGGCUAGGGGGGAAGUGAAGGCGACUCCUGCGAACGGGCAACACCAGAAGGCGAUGAAGAGAAAGGGGAAACGAAGACAGACGGAGGAAGAUUCGAGAGAGUGCGACGGAGGCCACAAACUGGAGGCGAAGAAGCGCCCGACAAAGAGCGUGAAGAAGCGGAGACAGGGGAGGUCUGCUGCGGCUGAGAAAGCGUCUUCCGCCGGUGCGUCGCGGUCAGCUUGCGCCGGCGCCGGGUCGCGCAGCCGUGAGGCAUCGUCUCAGCGCUUGACCAGGGAUAAGGCGAAGACGCGAGAUAUAAUGGCACAGCGGAAGCGAGAUCGAGGCGAAAAAAAGCUGAAGAAGGGCGUCAAAGCUUCACCCAGCGCCUUGCGUGCGCCAGCCGGAAAGAAAGGCAAGAAGCCGCGGCAGCCCGCGGCUUCUUCCGGGGCGGAGGCGGUCGUGGGCGUGCAACAGGCUUUCUCGUCUGCGCUGGCGGCGCUGAAAAAGCGAGGCAGAAAACACAAAGGCGCGAGGGAGAAAGUCAUCGCGCUGCGGAGAAGGAAGCGCGACCUCAAGAAGGGCGCGGCUCGCUCGGGCCUCGCCACGGCCGCGGAAAAAAGCGGAAAAACAAGGCGGUGCGGAAGGAAGAAACCCGGGAGAAAACCCAAGCUCGAACGACCCGAAACACUCAAAGGAAAACACCGAGGUCGAGCGGAAAUGGGUGCGACGCUCUCCUCUCUGUCCUCUUCUUCCUCGUCUUCUGCGUCGCCGUUGCCUGUGCCCCGUCAUCCGUUUCCGCGGGUGCCCACGACCUGCCCAGGCGUUCCGAAGCGUAGCAAGAAAGCUAGUCACGACGAUAGAGGGCGAGACGCGCAGGGACACAUUGCGCGUCCGCCGCUGUCGCCCCUCGAUGCGCUGCGUCCAGAUCUCCCUGCGCAGCAGCUGAGGCGCGUCGCAUCGCCUCCUUUCCCCCCGUGUGACUCGCCUUUGCUUUCGCCUCCCCUGGCCUCGCCGUCUCGCGCGCCCUCGCCUCUGGGGUCCCCCUCGAGUUUUCUAGGUUUCCUCACUUCGCUCAAGAAGCGGCAGCAGCCUCCGCAGCAGCGCGUCAAGCGCGGAUACGUCCGCCGGAGUCUCAGCGCGGCCUUCUCAGCACGCGUACAUGAACAGGACGGCUCGAGCAGGAGACUCGCGGAGUUGGUAGCGCGAAACAGCCCAGCCGGCGCACCCGACGAGGCGCGGACACAGGGCGACGAGCAGGUGCGCACGGCUUCAGCGGAAGGCGACGGCAAGAGACACGCAAGGCCGUCUGAGAGCGGCAGCGCGCCAGCGACUCCGCCGCCGAGUGGGGAGUUCAGCAAGGUCACGGGCGCAGAGGCGGUUCAUGAAGCGCGAGAAGGCAAGCGGAAGCGCGAAGUAGAGGAGCGAGACGAUGGAGGAGGAGGGGGAGGCAAGAAGCAGAGGGCACAGACCGCGGGGCGCCUGGGCAGCGAGGGAGACGAGUCCGAGGGGGCCAGCGCCCGCGCGCAAGAGGAGACAGAGAGCAGAGUCGAGCGCGCGCGGAAGGAAAACCUUGCGCUGUGGAAGCAGGGACAGGCGGUGCUCGCGAAGACGAAACCGAGUCCGCUCUUCUCCGCCCUUCCCAGCUACCGGCUGCUGUGGAGCAGCGCCGCAGGAGGCCGCCAAGGCCAGCAGAGGGAAGCGAUGAAGGGGGUUACGUCGCAGAGUGCAACGGAAGGCGUCAAGCGAGAAGGAGAGAAGGAAGCAGUCAAGCCGAGUGGAGGCUCCAGUGGAGGCAACGCGAAGGAAGGCCGGGAAAAGCCACGCGCACGGCGCUUGUCAGACGCCCAAGCUGACAAGUGCGGAGACGCAGCAGUCGAGAGACGUGGGAGCGCGGCGGAUGCUCAGGACUCUGUCGCGAGCCGCCGACCGCUGCGCCAGUGCCGUGUACUCGCUGCAUGUUCGUCUUCCGCCUCGUCGUCCUCUUCUUCUGGGUCCUCCUCUUCUGCGUCGUCGUCCUCUUCGCUCGCUGCGGCAUCCGCGCGAGGCCCGGCUUCACCGCCUGCUUCUGCCGCCUCGCCCUCGCCCUCGGCUCGGUCUGGCGAGUCGUCGUCAGUCUCUCGCGGGCACCCGCGUCGCUCUGCGCGUUUAAAUCCGGGUGCGACGUCCUCUGCGCCGCCCUGUGGCGCAGCGGACGCCGACGAGAAGCCCUCAAAACCGCCAGCGGCUCCGCCGGAGGGCGGCGGCAAGCCCCGCGCGAGUCCCUCCGGGGCGCCAGUGGCGGAAUUUUACUCCGGGCCGCUGCAGCCUGCCUGUGCGGCGUCUAAAUCUUCUUCGGACCUCCCUGUUUCCUCAGUUUCUUCGCCUGCCUCACCAGCCUCGACUGCUUCCUCUACUUUGUCUCUGGACGCCGCUGCAGCUCCGCCGUCGCGGCCGUCUUCGAACUUCCGGUACUGCGCGCCGUAUAUUCGGAGUCUGGCGCGGCGGGCCGGCUGGGAACGCGUGCCGCCCUCGCUGCUGCUGCUGUUUGUAGAGGACGUGGGGGCGUCGUUGAGCAGCGGCCUGUGGAGGAGACGGAGGAUGCGCGGAGCAGGGCGCGGCGACGCGGCUGGCGGCGACGCGGCGGGUGGCGACGCGGCGGGUGGCGACGCGGCGGGUGGCGAGGGGGUCGCAAGCGAUGGGCGAGGGGGCGGGUUCGCCGCCUUCGGAAAGAGACGCACGGAGAAGCGCAGGCUGGGAGAAGUCGAGCGCCUCCUACAGGUUCAGAACGAGUGGGCGCGAGCCAAGGCCGUCUCUCUCUGGAGGCGCGCGCGGUCGCAGGGCGCGGUCGAGGGCGAGAGCUUCAAAGACAUUCGCACGCGGCUCCGCGGGCAGUUCGUGCGCCGUGCGGGCUGGAUGGCUGCGGCCUACGAGGAAUCCUAG